AUGCCGGCGGUAGGAACUCGUCUACCACCCCCCGCCGAAGCUGCCGAGGGCUGCUGGCGAUCACUCGUCCUUGGCCAAGUGAAGCGGCGAUUCGACAAAGAGAGCCCACUCGCCGUCGUUGCUGCUGCUUCUGCUGCCGCCGCCUUGCGGCCUGUGAGUUCAGUUCCGGCGCCAGAGACCCUCCUGUCUCAGGCCUGUGCGAUCAGUUCAAGGAGGCGACCAACGUCAACCGCAAGGUGUAUACGGCCGCGGUUUGUUCAUCGAGAACGCUUCGAAGGCAUAGGCGCAUCCCCCUCCGCUUCGUCAGCUCUGCUAUUCUGUCCUUUUCAUCGUCUCUUGCCGAGACGUCGGCAGUCUUUUCUUCGCCACCAGGGCGGCGCGGCUCCUUGCCGAGGACUGAGAAAAAAACAACACGUAUUUGCUUCAUUUCUUGCCCGCCGCAAUACAACGAAGCUGCAUUCAUGGCUGUGCUGGUUGGUCGAUGUCGGGGUUUGGCGUGUUGUUCGAGGUUUACAGUCGAGGAGCGGUGAAGGCGACGACUGGGAGGCCUUCAACGAAUCAGACUACAGCGGCCGACAAGUUCCAUUAUCACGAAGUCUCGGACGCUGCCUGCCAUGCGGUCUCGGUCGGUGGUCGCUCAAGACGGUCAUCGCCACGGUGGGCAGUCUCGUCAUCCUCACGCUCCUCGCCGUCGCCGGCAGCCGACCCGUGGUGCCGACACCCCCAGCCGCCGAUGACACCGACCCGCACAACCGCCGACUGCGCAUCAUCGUGCCGGCCGACGAGCCGGGCGCCAACCUCUGUAAGAUGCUCCUGUCAACCGUCGCCAACGGCUAUCCGGCACCGCUCAUCAUCAACUGGGGCCGCGACUUCCACAAGCAGGGCGGCUGGUUCGGCGGCUCGCACCUCGGCAAGAUCGACGGCACGCUCGACGCCCUCGAGGCCCUUGCCUCGGACGAAGAGGCCCCGCCCCGCGGAGCGGCUGCGGCCCGACGAUCUCGUCCUCAUCAUAAAAUAAAAAAGCCGGGCCCGUGCUUUGGCCGUGCCGGAUACCUGCUUGCGCUAUGUUUUCGGAGGGCCUUCGCCAAAAGAUUCUCGGCCAAACAGGAGGUGUGGCGCACGAUGCAGCGCGAGCGUCAGGCUCUCGCCCUCGCGGGGGGAGCCCUUCAACGAGACGGCGAACUCUUCGUGCCGACUGUCUUCGAGGAGGAUGACGGCGAUUACAUGGCCGUCAACGACACGGCGCGUAUCAAUGUCUCGAGCGAGGAGCGUGGCCUUUCGCCAGCGCGCAUUACGGGCCUGCCGUCUGACGUUGACAACCUUGCGCCGCCCCUCGUGCACGCCGGCGUCGAGCUGGAGGAGCAGCACAAGGAUGAGGCUGCACACUGGGACGCCGUGCCCCUCUAUACCGACUAUUAUACCGGCCGCAUCCCCGUCGGCGUCCACCACAACGCGCAUCGCGAUGGAAUGAAGGGCCCGCGGUUGAAGAUGUGGUGGGACAAGAACUGGUUUCACCCUUUCCUGCGUGAUAUCGUCGCCGCGCGCGAAGUUCGCCCCAUAAAGCUCGCCCCUCUAGCGGUUAUCAAGGCGACAAGCUCAUGGGCACCGGACGUGGUGUACUGGCCUCCUGCCACCGACGCCGAGAGGAGGCGCCCUCGCAUCUUCGAUCGUAAGACGUUGAGCCAGGGGCUCGACGAGGCCGAGUGGCAUACCCUGUGUCGAAAGCAGGGAGAGAGGCCUUGGUGGGAUAUCAUUUUUGAUGACGACAGGGGACCUGAGGACCUUGGGCCCCAAAAAGCGGCGAAUGCUGUCAAGCCCGAGGUCGAGGUGAAGGAGCCGGGAGAAGAAACAAAAGCCGAUGAGAAGCCCCAGGAUAAAGGGCAAGGCGAAAGGAAGCCUGUAGACGUAGCCAUCAUCAAGAGAUAG